GGGGGUGGACAAUGGGGGCGCGGGGAGGUGGCAGCAGGAAAAUGGCAGCGGCCGGAGGUACCGCGGGGCGUUCGGCGGCUGUUGUAGCCGCGCGGCUGCCGCUCUCGGCCUGCCUGCUGGCCGCCGCCGCCUCGUUGGCUGCCGUCAAAGUAUCGGCAGUAGAAGUCACCACACCAGAGGAGAUGUUUGUGGAGAAUGAAACGGACGUAAAGCUUCCAUGCACAUUCACAUCUGCGGAGGUGAUCAGCAGUGCAGCGUCUGUUUCUUGGAGUUUUCAACCAGAGGGAGCAGCAACUCGUAUCUCAUUUUUCUAUUACUCUAAUGGAAAGCCGUACACUGGAAAGGACAUACCAUUUAAAGACAGGGUCACUUGGGCUGGAGAUCUUAACAAGAAAGAUGCUUCUAUCAGUAUAUCAAACAUGCAGUUCCAGGACAAUGGCACGUAUAUUUGUGAUGUCAAGAACCCACCUGAUAUUGUUGUCAAACCAGGAGAAAUCCGGCUGAGAGUUGUGGAGAAAGACAGCCUGCCUGCGUUCCCCAUUGCCAUGGUGGCAGGGAUAGUCAUCGGUACGGUUACAGGUCUCACACUGCUCAUCUCUAUUGUCGUGUGUCUUGUUAUGAGAAAGAACAACUCUAAAAAACGUUACUCUGGCUGCGGUACAUCUGAGAGCUUGAUGUCACCAGUUAAGCAGGCUCCGCAGAAGUCGCCCUCCGACACAGAGGGUCUGGUAAACAGCGUGCCCGCCAGAUCACACCAGGGCCCAGUCAUUUACGCGCAGCUAGAUCACUCCGGAGGACAGCACAGCGACAAGAUUAACAAGUCAGAGUCUGUGGUCUAUGCUGAUAUUCGGAAGAACUGAGAUGCGAUCCUCACCUGUCUAUAGCAAAACACUCAUUCAGACUGGAAUUGCUUAAACAAAAUUUGACCCAGAGAACUCACAUGUGGCCUUUGAUGCCUAGGCUAGGACCAAUGCAUGUGCAUACAGAGGGAAAGAUAUAUAUGUAUUGUGUGUAAAUAGUCUAUUUAAUCGUAGAGAAGUGAGACCAAUGUUGCAUGUUGAAAUGCGCUAAGAAUUCUGCUUAUAAAUCGCCAAUAUUCUUUUUGUAUCUUGUACGAUGAGAGAGAAAGUGCAAACUCACAUCACAAUUUAAGAAUAUUUUUAUUGUAUCAAUGGAGAAACUGGAAGAUGCCUGAACAUUCUAGAUUGACCUGGAGAUUUUUUUUUUGUUUUGUUCAUAAGGCCUAAUUUCUUUCAUUGUUGUUGAGAUGCAUACAAAAAAAAGGUAAUUUUCACAGGGUACUCAUAUUUUCUUGGUCAGAUUAUCAGUACAGAAGCUGCCUUCUCCUAUGAGGUGGACAUUCUUAUUUGGUCUUGUAAGCAGAAUUGUGACUCCUAGCUAUCAGAAAUAGAUGUCCUACCUCUGCAAGUGAAGGAAAUGUUUAGACCUACCUGCCUUGUCUAACACAGUUCGCAGAAUUGUUUACUUCUAUAUUGAGCCUGUAUAUUCACGCUUAGUCCUUUAAGGUACAGGGAUAGUACUGAUCUAAUGACUUCUGUGAAAUUGUAGUUUACCUGUGAAAAUUGAAGAGCUAGUGAGUUAAAGGGAUAAGAAGCUGCUGCCCUAGGUGGCUGAAAAGUUCACUCAAAGAGUCUGAGGCAUUAAGUGUUGUUUUCCUCAAAAAUGACACCUCAUAUAAGCACAAAAAAAGGGCUCCAAGGGAUCUGGAAGUUCUGGUAUUCCCUCACCUCUCCCUCAUGGCUCCACUCUACCUCUGCCAUUUCUGAAGAGAUGCUUUCUCUGUUCUCAAAAGCCUUUAAUGAAGGCUGAAUGACCUCUGGAAGAAAUCUAGAGCUUCACUUUUUUUUUUCCUUUCUUUCUUUCUUUUUUUUUUCUUUCCAGUUUUUAAUUUGGUGUGGGGUUUUUUUUUUUUUUUUGCUUUUUUUUCUUUCUCUUUUUUUUUUUUUAUAAUCUUUAUUUGCACAGAGAGAUAUGGAGGGCAGUUUAUUUCCUUCUUCUCUACGAGUCUACUACUUGAUUAGUAUAAUUUCCCAGCUUCUUGAUUGUAGAUUAUACUCCUCGUAAAUUGUUAGGGAUCCCUGAUUGUUCUGUUCUGCUGAAGAGGAUCUUUCUUUAGCUGUCCCAUCUGUACCCAGAAAUCUGGUGACACUUAAGAGUAAAAGAGUGUUUCUACAUGUUCAGGUAGAAUUUCCUGAUUUUUAACUUUUGUCCAUUGCCUCUUGUUCUGUCCAUGAGUACUACUGAGAAGAGUCUGGCUUCUUCUUCAUUCUUUUUUCUCAACAAACUUGGGUGAGCAAACUUUAUAUUCUUUCAUCAGGAUCAUGCUUGACUGGUUGCCUAACAACACUUGCUUUUGUUAGAAGCGCUGCCGAAGUCUCAGUGAAUCCUGCUGCUGCUUUCCCUAUCAACUGGGCUGUUUCUUCCAAAUAUUAGUUUUACACUUAGCAAGAAACAGAAGCUUAGUUGAUGGAGAAUCUUUGUUUUAAUCUGCCUAUGCUCAUCGCUGUGCAUUACCACCUUUCUUCCUAGACAUUUUUGAGUAAAAGGGAGAAAUGUGAUUUAACUAUCAAACACUUGGUGCUACAAGAAAAUAGGACUGUCUGUCCUUUGCUCUGAAGUCACUAUUUGUUUUUGUGGGGCUUCUUGUUGUUGUUGUUGUUGCUUGUUUUUCUGCUGGGAUCUACCGAAGAGUCUGAGCACAAUCCUGCUACUGCUGGUGCUAACUAUAGGAAACAUGUAAUUUCAUUGGUUUUCUUUAGGUACAGGUAUGUUCAUAUAGCCUAUAUGGAGAAAUGUCACUGCAAGGCUGCCUGCAUUCAGGCAUUCAGAUGUAAAGGCAUAUUGAAGUUUUGUUUUGUUUUGUUUUUUUUAAUGCUGAACUUUUUUUUUCUUUUUUUUCUUUUUAGGAAAGAAAUAAACUCUCUUCCCCAUAGGAAUAGUAGAAAUCAGCCUCAAGUGUGAUGGACAGCUUCUCUGGGCUGCCUCUUCCAGUGCUUUACCACCCUCUGAGUAAAGAUUGCCCUCUUAAUAUCUAAUCUAUAUCUCCCCUCUUUUAGUUUAAAACCAUUCCUCCUUGUCCUGUCACCAUCAGACCAUGUAAAAAGUCAGUCUGUCUCCUGAUUAUAAGCUCCUUCUAAGUACUGGAAGCUCCUUUUGAGUACCGUAAGUUCUGGAGACUUUCCAGAAUGAGGGGAAAUUUAGGUUAGAUGCUAGGAGGAAAUUCUUCACUCAGAGGGCAGUGAGGCAGUGGCAUAGGCUGCCCAGAGGAGCUGUGGAUGCCCCAUCCCUGGAGGUGCUCAAGGCCGGGUUGGAUGGGGCCUUGGGCACCCUGGGCUGGUGGUUGGCAGCCCUGCCCAUGGCAAGCAGUUGGAACUGGGUGGUUUUUAAGCUCCCUACUAACCCAAGCCAUUCUGUGAUACUAUGAACUUGAGGCAGCACGGGACAAAACUAUUGUCAACUUUUGGGCACUCAGGUUGUGUUAGCUGGUUUAUUUGGAUAUGAUAGCCUGUGCUGAUGAAAGGGACUGACGUUUAGUUGGUUUACUUAGUAAAGUCUCAAGUGACAGAUGACUUCUAAUUUCCUUGAUGGGUAGCAAGCAGAGAUUGAAGUCAGACAAAGUCAUCAGAUUGUGAUGUUAUGAUGACCAGAAAUUCAAUCAGGUGUCCCCUACUGCUUUUUUCUUAAUUCUUUGAUGCUGUUUUGCAGGUGGAAAAGAACAGCAUGUACUUUUAGGAAAAUGAAGUGUAUUGUCCUUAGCCAGUGCCAGUACUGCUGCUAGCUCUUUUUAGGUCUGUCUGUUUUGAAAAGACGUGCUGCUUGCUGCAGCCCAGCUGAGGAACUGAUGAGAUUCUUGAGGCAGUAACAAAUGACUGUUAGGUGAGCAGGCGCUCAUGGGUGAAGGAGCUGGGGAAGGUCUGCAUGAUGUUAAACAUUUGCAAUGAAUUUUCUGCUGUGAGGGGGAAAAAAGUAGGCUUUUACAUGUAGAAGUGACCUUACAUGCAUUAUAGGAACGCAGUUUGGGAGUGCCAGCUUGGGCUCUGGCUGCUGAGCCGGCUUGCACCCCCUAGAGACAAGAAUAUGAAUGGCAUCACUCAUCUUUGUCAUCCCCUCUUCUGAACAGAACUGCAAAAUGAAGAGUUUUGUCUCUACUAACAGUGGAUGUAUUCUUCUUUAUUACUGAUUAGCAGAAAUAGAUUUUGAAGGGCAUUAGGUGUAAUUAUAUUGACGUAAGUAAAUCGAUAGCUAUACUCAGUACAUCAAAUCUCCAUUGCCUUUUUUGUCUUCAGCAGUUGUUCUGUGAGGGAGAUCAUCAGCGUGUUCAUUAGAUGGCACUAAAUGAAAUUAAAUUAAAUUUUAAUGAACACAUUAAACGUGUUCAUUAAAGAGCCACUACAGGUUGGCAAAUAUGUCCCUAUAUUUAACGACACGAUGAUAACUGGAGACCUGCAUGGUUUUGUUUUUUUCGAAGCUUUAGUGCUGUUUCAGUUUGUGAGGAAAUGAGCUGGAAAUAAGUUUUCAGCUUUUUUAAACCUGUGAGAACUGCUUAGAUAACCAUCUGUCUGGUAACUGCAAUACAUGUAUAUACGCAGCUUAUAAGCUGCGUUGCGGUAGAAUGGAUUCAUUGAGGUAAAAUGUAGGCCAUUUGAUUUUUGACCAAAAUACUUUCAGUCUGUUUUAAAAUUUUGUCUUGGAUUUUUACAUUAAUAAUGUACUUACCAAGGACUUCAAACUGCUCUUACCGUACAGCAGGUGAUGGAAUUAUUUUCCUUUUAAAACUGUCAAACCUGAGAAGGGGGUAAGACUUCUGGGCUGUGGCCAUAGCCCUGUGGUGCUAAUAUUGAGGUAACAAACUACAAAGUCAUAUAAUGAUGCUCAGGACUUGUACUCUUCCAAGGCUUCUCUUUCCCUGCUCUUCACUGCCCUAAAGCUACUAAACCCUUUCAUUUAAAGGUGUUUUUGCACUCUGAAAUGCAAGUUCAAUGCCUCUUGAGAUCAGUGUGCUGUGCAAUCUUUUCUGUCUCCCUACAAUGGCAGCUCUUUUUAUGUGGUAAAUAUAAUUGGGAAUAUAGACUGGAUACUUUUCAUAAACCUCCAUCUUGGAGGUAUGUGGGAGAACAAACACCUGUAAGACAGGUGUAUAAUCUGUGUGAGGGAGCUAGAUAUGCAUUGCAUGGCCUGACUGUGAAGAUCCUCUGUAUCAACGGUUAGUGCUUUUGCUUUUACAGACUCAUCGAGAAAGUUAUCCUGGAUAUUUUUUCUUGAAUGGACUUUCAUGUUUUCUGUUGUAAUCUUGUGAAUAUUUUAAUACACUUAUCUCCCCCCCCUUCA